AUGAAGAUACGACAUGUUUUGGCAUUAUGGCUAAUUUUGAAAACAUUUUGUACUACACAAUCGGAUUUGGUCAGAAAGUGUGAUGGUAACUAUUGUUUUAAUGAUGGACAUUGUUAUUUGACGAGUGGUGAGUUUAGACUUAGCUCUAGACCUUUUCACUAUCUGUUGCCUUGCCUUGCCUUGCCUUGCCUUUCCUUUCCUUGCCAUGCCUUGCCUUGCUUUGCUCUGCCCUGUCCUGCUUUGCCCUGUCUACUACUGCUUUACUUUGCUUUGCCGUGAACUGUCUUGCCUUGCCUUGUCUAACCCAUUACCUGUACCUACCAAAUCCUACCCUACGACGCCCUCCUCUGCCCUACCGUACUCUAAUUUACUGUAGUUUACUCAUAAUUGUUAAUUUUAACUUCCAGCCGCUCAAUCCUCAGCCAAAUGUCCUCACGGCUUUUACUCGGAACCUGACGAAACUUGUCUUCAACAUGUUCAAGUUCGAAAAACUUUUGUCGAUGCCAACAAGUUUUGUCAACAACAUUACAAUGGUCAUCUUGUGUGGAUGAAAAGUCUGGAAAAGAGGAGUUUUGUUGAGAGUUUAAUGACGAAAGACGUCUGGAUUGGUGCACAAAGAGACAAAAAUGGGCUAAGAUGGUACCCAAAUGGUACUCGGGCUAAACUUGAGGUCGUGGAUGGGACUGCUGAGAGGAAUAGUAGGUUUUUGCCAUUUUUUGUUUUGUAAAGAAAGUUCUUGCAAUUUUUUGAUUUGUAAAGAAAGUUCUUGCAAUUUUUUGAUUUGUAAAGAAAGUUCUUGCCAUUUUUUAGUUUGUAAAGAAACUUCUUGCCAUUUUUUGUUUAGUAAAGAAAGUUCUUGCUACUUUUUGUUUUGUAAACAAAGUUCUUGCAAUUUUUCGAUUUGUAAAAAAACUUUUUGCUAUAUUUCAGUUUCUAAAGGAAGUUCUUGCCAUUUAUUUUGGUGUGGUUGGCGUAUUUUACAGUUAAUACCUAAAUUUCUAGGUCUUCAAUGUACAGUCUUCUACAGUAACUACGGUGAUUCAAUCGUCACUUCUGAAUUCUGUGACGAACCUCACGAAUUUCUUUGUGAAUCAGGUAUCGCACAAUUUGAAGGUGCUGAGGAUUGGCUACGACAAUGUUCUUGUCAAGAAGGAUUUACCGGUCGAUUUUGUGAAAGGGUCAGUGGGAAUGGAGAUGGCUUAGAUUCUGAAGGCCAUAAGGAUGGUGAGCAAGAUUUUGAUGGGCAUAACGGUGAGCAAGGUUCAGAAGGCGAAGAAAAUAGUGGUAAAGGGCAAGAAGAUUCUGGAGGGCAAAAAGAAUUAUGUGCUAACGACGUAUUUUACGAAAAAUGCGAUGGAAACAAAGUUUUGGACAUUGAUUAUGCUGUUUAUGGGUACAGUCCGGUAAGUUAUUUUAUUGUUUUAAGUAGGAUGCUUCUCUUAUAGUAGUAAGUGGAGUACGCUUUGAGCUGGACAGCUAUUUUUUGAAUGGGGAGGGGAGGCUAGAGUAAAAAUUUUUUUUUUGGUGUAGGGUGGGUUAGAGUAGACCGAGGUAGUGAAGGGUAGGGGGGUAGAAAAGUAUAGUUAGUGGUAUGGUGGAGCAGGGUAAGAACAGUUAGUGAAGGGUGAGGUAGGGCAGGGUAGGGUAGGAUUUUGGAUGGUAGGGUAGGGUAGAGUAGGCUAGGGUAGGGUAGAGUAGGGUAAGAUAUAUAAAGGUAGAGAGGGGUAGUACAGGGUACUUGAACGGUUUUUCGAAAAAAAAAUUUUUGGGAUGUGGGGUUCAGGGGAAAUAAAUUUUUUUUGAGUUGGGCUGAAGAAGAAAAACAUUUUCCUAUUAAACUUGAUCUUAUUAUAGCAAUUCAACUACUCUAAACUGUGCAUAUUGACGUCCAACUUGGCUGAAGACUGCAUUGAAGCUGCCAGUUUGAUUAAAAUGAUUCAAAGGUAGGCCUACUAUCAUUUUCUAUAUUAUCAUAAGAAUGGAGUAUUACCUAAAAAUGCAUCGAAAAGUUUUAGCCAUAAAUUCCAAGUUUUUCAGAUGUAAAGGACGCCAAGAAUGUAAGAUUAGUCGAAUGGACGAUCUCUUUGGUCAUCCAGCUUGUUCAAAUGGGGCCAGGCUUAUGUACCGAACUAGUUGUGUUGAAAGUAAGCUUCUUGAUUCAUUUUUAAGUAAAUCAUAUAUUUUUUGCUUUGUUUUGCAAUGGGAUUAGUAGGACGGUAAAGAUUAUUGUGUAAAAUACGUUUGUCUUUUUGGGAUACAUUCAGGGUUCUCAAGGGCUGCUGAGUUGGCUUUGGGUCCUCGGAGUUGAAUUUUUUUUUAUAAAACAUGUUUUAAAAAUAGACUUUUUGAUAUUUCAGGAUCUACUACAACAUGCAAAAAUGGAAUGAUUCAAUUGAACGAUCGUUGCAUUGAGAUAUCGAACAGCAAAGACAAAAUGUCAUACGAAGAUGCGAGAGCAGAGUGUACGCAAAAGGUAAGUUGGGAGUAGACUGGUUAGGAAAUAAAGAAACGGGCUGUGUGGGUCCGGUCUGGUCAUACGAUGAGCGGGGCCGGCUUUGAAUUAAAGAUGUUUUUUAAAACGGACCGGACCCAAAAAUUUGAAGUUUGGACCGGACCGGUCCGGGCAAAACACUGGGUGCGGUAGGUUAUGGUAGGGUAGACUAGACGAGGCUAUUCUAGUCUAGGGAGGCAGGGUAGGGUAGGGUGAAGUAAGGUAGGGUAAGAUAGGAUAGGGUAGGGUAGGGUAAGAUAGGAUAGAGUAGGGUAGGAUAGGAUAGGGUAGAGUAGGGUAGGGUAGGGUAGGGUAGGGUAGGGUAGGGUAGGGUAGGGUAGGGUAGGGUAGGGUAGGGUAGGGUAGGGUAGGGUAGGGUAGGGUAGGGUAGGGUAGGGUAGGGUAGGGUAGGGUAGGGUAGGGUAGGGUAGGGGGGUAGGGUAGGGUAGGGUAGGGUAGGGUAGGGUAGGGUAGGGUAGGGUAGUGUAGGGUAGAGUAGGGUAGGGUAUUUACAAGAUAACUUGCUUUUUGAUUUCAGGGUGGAGACCUAGCAGUACCAACUGAAUUAAUAAACUUCUCGGAGCUUCUAAAAUCAAUCAAGCCCUUACCAUCUUCUGAAUAUUGGAUUAAUAACUCGACCGAAACUUUCAAUUACAUUGGACCAAGGAAGGCGGAAUGUUUUACAGCAUCAUGGUGGAGCACCAACGUUGGCCAGGUACCAUGUUUUGCCAAUUUGGGAUGGAUCUGUGAAUAUGUUCCAAAUGGUACUGGUGAUCGAGUGAUUGGUACUAAAUUUAGGUGGGUUUUGGUCUUUUUUGGGUUUUUGGUACUAAUUGAAAGGGUUUUUAGUACUGAUGGUACAAAGAUGGAAAAAAGUUUUAAAGUAGUUCUAAUGAUACUAUUUUUGAAAAAUAGUGUUGGUGUUACUAUUUUUAAAAAAAAAAAUGCUAUCGGUACCAUUUUGUAAAAAUGGUGCUAUUGAUACGCAGAAGGUAACAAAAGGGCUUUAAAUUUCUUUUUGUGUUACAGUAACUUAAAAACGGUCUUGGUCAAAAUAGAAAAAUUUUUUAGUGUUAUAAGGUAUUAUAGUACUGUUUGUUUAAAAAAUGUUUCAAAAGCACGAUUAUUACGUAAAAAUGUUGUCUGUUUGUGUUGGCUUAACCAAAUAUCACCACGCAUUUAGCCUAAAGGCUCGGCUGUCUAACAUUGAGCUGAUCUUAAUUUUGUUCAAAUAUACCCAGCGCAGAGCUUCAGCUUUAUCUUAGUCUUAGCCCAGAGCCCUAGCUCAGGACCCUAGUCCAGAGUCUUAGCCCAGAACCCUAACUCAGAACUCAGAACGCUAGCCCAUAGUCCUAGCCCAGAGCCCUAACCCUAGCCUAGAGCCAUAACUCAGAGCUCUAUCCCAGAGCCCUAGCCCAGAGCUUUAGCCGAGAGCCCUAGCCCGGAGCUUUAGUGCCCUAGCCGAGAGCUCUAGUCGGGAGACCUAGCUUAGAGCCCUAGUCCAGAGUCCUAGCUUAAAACCUUAGCCCAUACCCCUAGCCCAGGGUAUUAACCCAGAGCCCUAGCCCAGAGCUCUAGCCCAGAGCCUUAGCCCAGAGCGUUCGCCCAGAGCCCUAGCUCAGAGCCAAUCUUUAGCCUCAGCCUCAAGUCUACUUCGACUUUUAUUAACGCCUUUGCCUUUUUCUUUACCCCUCUUCUUACCUUUAACAUGCCCUAUUUUUACCCCACUCUACUCUACCAUUCCCUAUUCUUACCCUUACAUUUACUCUUAAUUUACCCUUACUUUUUUUUACUUUAUUCUAUUGUACUUUACCAUGCCCUUUUUUUACCCUACCUCUUCCCUAUACCACUUACUCUCAAAAUUUCAAAAAUUUGCAUUUAGUCUACCUAGUAUUGAUUUUUCCAAUUUUUUAAAAGCUUUCAUUGUUUUGUAAUCCAACUCCUAAAACUAUAAUAUUUAUAUUGUUUACCCUAACGCAUCAUACAUCUUAUGACUUGCACCACCACUUUAAUAACCAUUAUUUGGAUUAGACGGCUAAAAAUGGCAGCCCAAAUGCAAUUGCAGCGUAAUGACCGGAAAUUAAGAAUAAAAAAAUGAAAAUCAAAUUGGACUGGUAGGAAAUGGAAGGAUGAGAUAGUCGAGACGUAGUUUUAGGGAUGAUAAUAUAGGAUAUGUCGGGAGGGUAAUUUGCGUUUGAAAGGGGGGGGGAUGUAAUUUUUUUUUGAGUGUUUAGGACAGUGUAUGGGAGGAGGAGGGUGGUGGGCUUUGGCUUAAGUCUGUAAAGAUCAAAUUUGUUUUAAACUUUUUACAAGCCAAAUCUUUCGUUGCGGGACCUAAAUUGUGCUCUUUUGUCUUGAUUUAAGCGCCGGCUCUCGUUUGUGAGCCUGGCUCCUUUUCUUCCUUGAGUUAGGUUACAACGGCUUAUCCUUUAUUUUGUUUUGAUUUUUUAAAACUUUCAAUAUAGAACAUAUUGAAGUAUCUUAUAAAAAACGCCUGCAAGAAAUAAGAACAGUUAAUUUGGUUCAAGAGCAUAACAUAACACUUUUUUAUUUCUUUUGUACGACAGUAAACAAACAUUGGCAAAAAACAAUGAUUUCAAGACUUUUUUAUACCGUAAAAAGCAAAAAAAUUUUAAAAUCCUUUUUUAAGUUUGUAUUUUUGUCUAAUUUUAAAUAAUAUUUAUAAUCUGUUAACAAUUUAACAAUAUGAUGACAUUUCGUCCAAUGAAUGAGGACUAAAGGAACAUGUGGUUUUUGAACGUAAUAUAUACAUAUCGUUCGUUAUAAUUACUAUGAUAUAUGGGAUUAAAAUGCGUAUUCUAGGGCUCAGGAUAGGGCUAGGGUUUAGUUUGUUGAAAUUUGUUUAAAAAUAAGGUUAUGAUUUUUUUUGGCGUGGCUAUGGUUUUGGUUAGACCAUAACCAAGUAAAUCUAAGGCUUAAGCUUCGGCACGGGUUAGAGGUAGCGUAAGAUACAGCUAAACUAGGUUAGGCCUGGCUAUACUAUGGCUAAAUCUUGAUUUAGGGCUUUACUUUGCUAUGAAAAGAGCUAUGGCUAGAACUAGGGCCAGGGCUAGAGCUAAGACUAGGGAUAAGAUUUUAGUUAAGGCUUGGGAUUAGGCUAGGGCUUAGGCUAGAGCUAAGGCUGGAGUUAAGACGUAGGCAAGCGUUAAGGCGGGCAGUACAGAGUGUGGCAGGGUAGAGUUAGGGUUGAUGAUUGAGCUAGGGCUUUGGGCUUUGUGCUAAGGUAGUGCUAGAGCUAGAGUGUGGCUAGCGUAGGGCUAGGAGACAACCCUUGAUUCUUGACCUAGUUUGCACUUUUAAAAACUUCCUUUCUAAUUUUUAUAAUAAGCUUAUCGUCUUUAAAUUUCAAAAAUUAUAUAAAUAUCUAACCGUCUUGCCAUUCCUUUUUUUAAUUAUUUGGACCUAUAUAAACGUUUUCGAACGUGAUUAUUUAUAAAAGGGAAUGAGUCAGUCCUCCUCGCGCAACUAUUUUUUAAAAAGAUUAAAUGGAGAAGAUCAAACAACGAAAUUCGCUGAAAAUAUUUGCUUACAGCGAACUCUUUUUCGUUACUGUCAUUUGUGGAAACGAUUUGUCAAAAAAGAACAGUGGCUUUUGGGAAAAUUUUGGGUUUACGUGAGUAAUGAGUAAAAGGGAAAGUUGGGGGUGGUUUUUGGGUUUUAAAUGGGAUGGAAGGGGGUAUGGAAGGGUAGGGUAGAGUAAGUGGAGUAAGGUAGGACUAAGUAGUACGGUGGGUAGGGUAUGGAAGUUAAAUUAAGGUUACUAUAAGAAGAGGUAGGGAAAAAAGGGAUGGGCAGGGUAGGGUUGGUAGGAUAGGUUAGAGUAUGGUAGUAAAAGUAAGGGUACGGAUAGACGAGGUAGUAUAGAACAUUUUGGGCAGGGAUGGCCAGGAAAAACCUGGAAUGUUUAGAAUAGAGUAGGAUAGGGUAUGGUGAGGCAAGAGUAGGUUAUGUUGAGGCAAGGAUAGGGUAUGGGAAAGUAAAGGUAGGAUAUUGUGAGACAAAGGCAGGGUAUGGUGAGAUAAGGGUAGGAUAUAGUAGCGUAGAGUAAGUAUAGUAACAUAGGAUCAAUUAGUACGCUGGGUUAUAUAAUAGUAGGGUAUGGUGGUUAAAGUAAGGGCAAGAUAGCCUAGGGUAUGGUAGGGUAGGGUAUGGUAGGGUGGUGUAGGGUAUGGUAAGGUAGGGUAUGGCAGGGUAGGGUAGGGUAUGAUAAGCUAGGGUAGGGUAACAUAAGGUAGGGUAGUAUAAUAUCGAAAACAACCUCAAAUCGUUUAGUUGUCGAUUAGCGUCUUUUAAUCGGAUCAAUCCUCAGAAAGUCACUUUCGAUUCACUCAAUCUUCCUUUUACCGUGAUGUUCUCUUUCAAAUAUUUUACUAUUUUCGGUGACGUAACAUGUCGUAAUCUGUCACGUUGGGAUUUUUUGUUGGGGUAAAGUAGGGUAUGGGUGAGUAAGGUAUAGUAGAGUAGGGUUAUGUAGGAUAGAUUAGGGUAGGAAUGGAUAAGGUAGAGUAGGGUAAGGUAGGGUCUGAGUUUUUUUACUUUACCAUAAGUCUAAGGUAGAAUACAACAAAGAAAGCUAGGCGAAGCAUUUUUAAGGUGGGCAGGGUAAAUCGUGCGCGUUAUUUUUUACAAUUACCGUUGUUUUACAGUACACUAUAGGUGACUAUAUGUCUUUCGUUUAAGAUAACAGUAUGUUAUUACCUCGACUUUUGGUUAUUUUACUAAUAAUUGCUUUGGCGAGCGGCCAACACGGCCAAAAAGAGUAAGAUUUUGAAUUAAUUUUACACUUUUUUUAAAAAUUUUUUUACUUUUUUUAGGUUACUUACAGUAGAAUAAAAUUCAUUUUUAAAAGAUUUUUUGGAAGUGUUUUGGGUUACUGUAACACAAAACGUGCAAAAACUGUUUUUAAAGAGCUGUGUGGUUAGAACGGGGCAGGGAUGGGUGGUAGGAAAGGGUAGGGUAAAGUAUGGUACGGUAAUUUUAAAUAAAAAUAUCGAAAAAUUUAAAUUUAGAAAGCAUGACAAGUCCUCAGGCCAAUCCUCAGAAGAAGUCAACCAAAGGUGUAGUAGUAUAAAAUUUCAUGGUAUGAAGGUUCCAGAAGCUAAUCUAUGUCAAAGCGUUGAGAUCAAUUGUCCAAAUGGGCUCAUGGGUAAGUAAAUUGCAAGAACUUUCUUUACAAAACAAAAAACGGCAAGGACUUUCUUUACAAAACAAAAAAUUGCAAGGACUUUUUUUCCAGGUAAAAUGAAGAUAAAUUGCUUGUGUGACAAGCCCAAAUGGCAUGGUUUGGACAACUUUUCUCAGUGUAUGUCACCAUCAAUAUCACCUUUAAGAGACCUUGUUCACAAUGGAGACCCAUACUUUACAAUUGGAAAGUUCGAACAUAACAUAUUUCAAUUAAUGGAGGCGAAUAAGCUGACUUCUGGAGACGUAUAUCAGUUCAUCGAAUCAGGAGAUCUUUUAAUGGCAAAAGCAAUGCAAAAUUUGCAUAAAGAGAAGGAUCAUGGAAGGAAGAAGAGCUACAGUGCCAAGUUUUCUAUGGUGAGUCUAGUUCCUGCUUUGCCCUGCCUUGAGCCCUAGCCCAGAGCCCUAGCCCAGAGCCCUAGCCCAGAGCCCUAGCCCAGAGCCCUAGCCCAGAGCCCUAGCCCAGAGCCCUAGCCCAGAGCCCUAGCCCAGAGCCCUAGCCCAGAGCCCUAGCCCAGAGCCCUAGCCCAGAGCCCUAGCCCAGAGCCCUAGCCCAGAGCCCUAGCCCAGAGCCCUAGCCCAGAGCCCUAGCCCAGAGCCCUAGCCCAGAGCCCUAGCCCAGAGCCCUAGCUUUGGCCGUGGCCUUACUUUAACUUUUCCUUUACCCUACUCUAGCCUUCGAUCUGUCCUAGACUUAUUGUAGCUCUACUGGAGCCAUCCUUUAGCUUUUCCCAACUUUCGUUCUGGCUCUGCGUUUGCCCACUUUAGCCUUACUCUAUUCUGGCCUUGCUUUAACUCUUCUUUAGCCCUAUCCUAGCCCUAUUGUUACCUACUUUGAUUUUAAAUAAAAAAAGUCUAAUUUUAGUCAAUUGGCAAGACUGGAGACUACCUUCUAGACAAGAGAGCAGAGCCCGCAUGGUUCAAUAUGACAGAUGAUAUUCGAGUGGAAAGAGCUGCUAGACUGAUGCAGCUCAUGCAAAAUAUGUUAGUCUUGAGGGCUAAUGGAGUGGAAUCUGGCCAUAAGGAGAAGUUCAAAUUUGGACAUUUUGGUGGGUUAAAUUUUUUAAAUUUUAAUUUAAAAAAAAUUUUUGAAUUUAAAAAUUUUUUUUUGAAUUUUGAAAUUUAAAUUUUUUUUAUUUUCAGCCUCAAACCUCGAAGUAAAGGAUGAAAUUCAGCACAACCCGGUACUCUCCACCUCCAGAAUCAUGGUGACUCACGACGAAUUCGAAAAGGAUUCAGAAGAGAUUCGAUUUGAUGGCUUUGACCGUGCCGUAAUGGACAUACCCUCAACUGACAUCUUGGGUUUUGCUGCCCAUGCCAAACAUCAGCCUAGGUUUGGCAUCUUCUCUAGGGUUAUGAAUCCUACUACGUUAAGUGGCAGUACGGGAAAUGGGCAUCAGAAGUCAUCUACAGGGAGAGGUGGAUUCAGAAGUUCCGGUACGGCGGAUAGGAAGCUGAAUCCAGAGGCCGAUGAGGGAUUCAGAAGCGAUGGCACGGUGAAUCAGAAUCUGAAUCCAGAGGCUGAUAAUGAAGCUCAAAAUGAUCAAGCUACUACAAUAUCGGACGAUGACAGUAAGAUCAAAGUAGGCCAAUUCAUGUUCAAAAACAUUGGCAAGUUGAUGACAAAUAAGGAGGACAAAAAGAGAGUCAACAGCUAUGUCAUUGGUGCGUUCGUCAACGACCCUGCCAUAUCAGUGGACUUGAUGAAUCAACAUGUCAACUUCACCUUCUAUCAUCUUGUUAAGGUAAGGGAGAUUUACGCUACUCUACCCUAUCUCACCUCACCGUACCCUACCCUACCCUACCCUACCCUACCCUACCCUACCUUACUCUACUCUACUCUACUCUACCGUACCCUACCCUACCCUACCCUACCUUACCCUACCCUACCCUACUCUAUCCUACCUUACCGUACCCUACUCUGCUUUUUCUUUCCCCGUUCUAUACUUGUCCUAGUCUUGCCCUCUCGUGUUUUUUUUGGCUUUGUCAUGUCCUGCCUUAUAUUGUUCUGCUCUGCACUGCACAGCUGUUCCCUGCCCUGUUUUGGCCCUGUCGUGCCUUGCCGUGUCUUACAUUAUACAAUUAUCUGCCCUGCCCUAUUGUGUCUAACCCUGCUCUGUCUUAAUGUGACUUAACCUGCUAUGCCCUGCAUUGACUUGCCCUACUCUUUUUUACCUUACCUUAACCUUCUCUACCAUACAUUAACUUAUCUUACUUUACCUUUUUCUACCCUACCUUAUUCUUCUCUACCCUCAUCUCCCUCAUCUAUUCUUCCUUCUACCUUGCCUUACCUUACCUUAACCUUCUUUACCCUGCACUGCUUUGUCUUGUCCUCCUACACUAGCCUUACCUUUGGAUCUAUACUUUACUCUUUCUUGUCUUAAGUUACUCAUCUCUACCCUGCCUUUCCCUACCAUGCCUUACCCUUACAAAAGAAUUAAUAGCAAUAACUUUCUUUACAAAUUUUAAAAAAAAUCAAAUUUUAAAAUUUACAGGAAGGCGUCUCAAACCCUCAAUGUGUAUUCUGGAACCUAACUUCACGUAGCUGGGACAAUAAUGGUUGUACCAUGCCGAUGACAACCUCAGAUUAUACCAAAUGUUCUUGUACUCACUUGACUUCCUUUGCCAUUUUAAUGGAUUUCACCAACUCUUUGGAAGAAAUGCGUCAUGAUGACGGAUUAAAUCGGUCAUCUUUUGUUGAAACUUCAUUAGAUUGGCUUACUUUCAUUGGAUGUACGUUAAGCAUCGUAUCUUUGACUAUAUGUAUCCUAAUAUUCACCAUUUUCAAGUCACUAUACAAUAGUAGAACUACCAUCCAUAGAAACCUGUGUAUCUCAUUACUAAUGGCAGAGGUAUUGUUUCUAUUUGGCAUUGACGACACUGAAUAUGUACUUCUAUGUAGAGUCGUCGCCAUAGCUUUACAUUACUUCUUCCUAUGUGCCUUCGCAUGGAUGCUGCUGGAAGGGUACCAACUGUACCUAAUGUUGAUCAAAGUGUUCGAUGCAAAGUCGAGGACCUUGUGGUACUAUUGUUGUGGAUACCUCAUGCCAGCUAUUAUUGUUUUUGCUUCGGUUUUGGUUUCGGUGGAGAAUUAUGGCACUGAGGAUUAGUAAGUUACUGUAAUAUAUUGAUUUUUGAAAAUUUAGGUAACAGAUCAAUAGAGAUAAGCUGGAUUUCUGUAGUUAAGCUUAAGGGGAGGGGAUAAGGUAGGGUUGGACAAGAAAAGGUAGGAGAGGGGUAGGGUAAGGUAGGAAAUGGUAGGGUAGGGCAGACAAAGGUAGGACAGGUUGGAAAAUGUAGGGUAGGGUAGGAAAAGGCAGGGUAAAGCAGAAAAAAACAGGGCGAGUAGAAAGAACUAGGGCAAGGGUAGUAAAAAUUAGGGUAGGCGAGGAAAAAGCAGGGUAGGGUAGAAAAGGUAGGGAUGAAAUAAAAAUGUAGGGUGGGGUAGAAAAAUGUACGAUAGUGUAGGAAAAGGCAAGAUAGGGUAAAAAAUGAAGGCAGGGCAGAAAAAGGUAGGGUAGGGUAUUGUAAGUUAGGGUAAGGUAAGGUAUUUUAGGGUAGGGUAAGGUAGAGUAGGAUAGGGUAAGGUAGGGUAGGGAGGGUAGGCUAGGGUAGGGUAGGGUAGGGUAGGGUAGUGUAGAGUAGGGUAGGGUAGGGUAGGCUAGGCUAGGGUAGGGUAGGGUAGGGUAGGGUAGGGUAGUGUAGAGUAGGGUAGGGUAGGGUAGGGUAGGAUAGUGUAGGGUAGGGUAGGGUAGGGUAGGGUAGGGUAGGGUAGGGUAGGGUAGGGUAGGGUAGGGUAGGGUAGGGAAGGGAGGAUAGGGUAGGGUAUGGUAGGGUAAAAUAAAGUAGGGAGGGUAAGGAAAAAAAUGAAUCAAAACUUUAAAAUUUUAGUUGCUGGAUAGACGUUACGACUCCAACAAUCUACACUUUUGUUGCCCCAAUUGGUCUGAUUGUUCUAUUCAACAGUGGAGUACUAAUACUAGCAUUAAGAACAGUAUUGGCCGUUCGAAACAGAGAUCGAAGCUUGGCGGCUCGAGUGUUUGGCUGGCUCAAAGGCUCGGCUAUGUUACUAUUUUUGCUUGGAAUUACUUGGGUCUUUGGAUUUUUAAGCGCAAUUCACGUUUUUCAACCAUACGUGGCGUAUAUCUUCACCGUACUUAAUUCAUUGCAGGUAACGUGGUCGUAUUUUAUGCUUUAUACCUAACUCUGCCCCUACCUCUACUCUUACCCCUGCUUCUUCAUCCACCAUUACCCCCCUCCCCAAAUAAAAAUAUAUUUACAUUUCGUCCACAUGGUAUUGAUUUCUUUCUCAUACCACUACCACCACUCCUAUCCUUAUUUUAAUUUUUUGUUUCUACUCUUACUGCUGCCUUUACUCAUAGCGCUGCCCAUAAUAUACACAUAAAUUUACAUUUCGUCCACAUGAUAUUGAUUUUUUUCCUUACCCAUACCCUACCCCGAUUUUUUAUCUCUACCCUUACCGCUGCCCUUACUCAAACUUUUAUCGAUAAAAUACUAAAAAAUUUACAUAUCCUCCACAUAGUAUUGAUUUUUUUCUCCCACUUCUAGUCAUCCAAAUAAAAUUUUCAAAAAUGACCUUUUUUAAAAUUACGAAUUUUAAAAAAAUUGUAAAAUACGACAUAAAUAUACUCCUGUAAAUAUUCGCUUUCCAGGGUACCUUCAUCUUCUUCCUUCAUGUCAUAAUGAAUGACAAGGCGCGUCAAUGCGUAUCCAGGUGUCUUCGUGAUGGAGUAUGUUGUCAAGCCCCGUUGAGUUCAUCGAUGCAAUCCAAGAAUGGGGUUCGACCCGACAGUAGUUCGUACAACAAAAGUAACAACUUUUUUGCGUUGAGAAAGGACAGAAUACUACAAUGGUGGCCGUUGAAGUCGUCCAACAGCAAUUCAAGAGCUUCGAAUGGGGAGAAACAAGGAAACAGCGAGGAACCUCGUAAGGAUUUUGAUUUUUUCUAAAUUUUAACAGGUCUUGGGGGAUGGAAAGGAUUUUUUGAGAUUUUUUACCCUGUUCUAUCCCACUUUCUCUCACUCACAUUUAAUUGUUCUGCCCUGCUUUGUAGACAUGAGGAACUGGCCGGACCCAAUUUUCAGGCCCGAUCAAAAUUUUGCUCAGCCCCGGCCCGUUCCUCAUGUCUACUGCUUUGCCCUCCCCUUCUUUGCCCUGCUUUUAUUUGCCCUUGAACUGUCUUAUCCUUCUCUGUAUUGUUCUGCCCUACCCUACUAUACCCUACCUUUUUAAUUUGUUGCCUAGUGUAAAGAAAGUUCUGGCUAUUUUUUGAAUACAGGAAAGAAAGUUCUUGCAAUUUUUUUACGAUUUAAAGAUUUUUUUCAAUUUUUUGAUUUUUCAACCAAUGAAAAGGAAGUUUUUGCUCUUUUCGAGUUUGUAAAGAAAGUUUUCGCCUUUUUGGGUUUGUAAAGAAAGUUUUUGCAAUUUCUCAUCCUGUAAAGAAUAUUUUUGCCGUGAUUGGUGUUAGAAAAAAAGUUCUUGCCGUUUGUCUUCUUGUAAACAAAGUUCUUGCGAUUUUUUAAUUUUUAAAGAAAUUUUUUGCCAUUUUUCAUUUUGUAAAGAAAGUUUUUGCCAUUUUUUGUUUUGUAAAGGAAGUUCUUGCCAACUUUCAUUCUGUAAAGAAAGUUCUUGUCACUUUCAUUUUGUAACGAAAGUUCUUGCUAUUUUUUGCUUUGUAAAGAAAGUUCUUGCCAUUUUUCAAUUUGUAAAGAAAGUUCUUGCCAUUUUUCAAUUUGUAAAAAAAGUUCUUGUCAUUUUUCAAUUUGUAAAGAAAGUUCUUGCCAUUUUUCUUUUUUUCACAAUUUUUAAUUUCAGAAGUCCAAGUGAUUGACCCACGACCAGAACUCAAACACAUUGACAGUAAGGACGAGGAAGAUGAGGUUGUGACAAGGAAGCGACUUUUAAGUCCAGAUGCCUCAUUGAAAAUUGAACGAUUUUAA